UAUUGACGUUUUGAAGAUAUAUUAAUGUUUGAUAAACCUUUGCGUGCAGUAAGAAGUAUCUCUAAGUUUUUUAACACUUUGAUUCAAUUUUUCUCAUGCCUUCGCGUGAAUUGGGGACAUACAUAUUCCAGGCCUAUUCAGUAAUGCGCGGUAUCGGAUUCUUUCUUCUGAACAUAUGCGUGCAUGACACUACAAUUAAUGGUCGACCUUUGUUCAAAUCGAGACCUUGUAACGCGGAACAUACUUUGAGUUUAACGACCUCACUUACUUAAGUUUAUCACAAACUAGGCUUUCAUCAUUUUCAUAUGAGCAUGUAUACAAUAAUGGUACUACAGACUAAUCACCGACACCCAUGUGUGUUUCUUGCGGUCAACAUUUACUGUUUGUUAGUUUUCGGCAAUGCUGCUUCUUCGCUGCACGUCGAACACGGGUUUGAGAGAAGAGCAGAUUUUGAUGGCGCAACGGCGCUGACAAGGACCAUUCUUCUAAAUGUUUCGUCACCCAGUUUGAUAGCAGCUACCAGUACCUGCAGUAUUCUGUCACAAGCGGUGGCGCUGCUAUAUCACAGAGAACUGAAACAGUGCUACUGCCUUGAUGAGAGAAUUCUUCCUUGGAGCUUGCGAAUUUCCUCUGAUCUAAGUUGGAUGUAUUACGAAAAACCAGGAUAUACCGGCUGUCCACGGGCCAUGGAACCAUAUAACGGACAUCUGUACUGUUUCCAUUUAAGAACUGCUAGCUUGGGACACGCUAAGUCAAACUGUUCCUCCAUUGGUGGUUACUUACUGGAAAUUGAAAGCUCCACAGAAAACCGCUGGCUCUCCCAGAGAAUGUAUUUCUUCUACUACAACCAGGGUGCAUGGGGAUCUUGGUGGACGGGGGGUAAUGACGUGGCCAAGGAGGGGAAGUAUAAGUGGGGGACCUCAGGCAGGGACAUCGUGUACACAAACUGGGUGAGCCCUGAACCCAACGGCGGAACCAACGAGAACUGUAUAACGGUGGACUACCGCGGACACUGGGCCACAGUCCGCUGUGGACGGUAUUUCCUCUAUGUCUGCGAAGUGUGACGGCGCCAUAUAUUUAAGAGAGCUGGAUGAAUGGCCGUGGUCAUUUUAUAAGCAAUAUUACCUUCUUUAGUCAAAAAGCUCUGCUUAUAAUUAACUCGUUGAAACAUUAUUCAAAUUUCAAUUUUUAUAUUUGGAUUUUUUCUGUAUUAUUUAUACUCAGUUUUUGACCAAAAUUAAGUUUUAAAGCUGGGCCGAUCUAGUUGUGUUGGGUGAUUCGAUGAACGUCCAGACAGGUUAGCUGUGGUGUGUCUAUAGAACAGUGACUCUACAUAUUACAUAAUAUAUAGGUUUCGUGGCCUAACAUCCACUCUUGUUAGUGCUUUACAUAUAUGCAAUGUAUAUAGAUAUGUUAGUGAGGAGCUGAGACCCUAUAAAUAUAAACUCUGUACAAAUAUUGUGUUGUCAACAGUAACUUCACUGUCUUUAUAAAUACUGUAGUUGGCUUACUGUGCAGCGAUACUAUCUCCAUUCGUGCUUAUAAACGAUUCUUAUGAUACUACAUAAUGUACAUGUAGUUUUGUUGAUGUCCAUAUAUCUGUGAGGUGUGGCCUAUGGGAGAUGUCCGGGGGGUUCUUUCAACAUAAGCUUAAUAUAGAACAUGAUUGAAUACCAGCAUUUUAUUUGUUCAAUGUUUUCAAUCACAAGACAAUAAAACUGUACAGAUUUUGGCUUAAUCAAUUAAGUCUAAGAACGCUCCAUGAUCCUAGGACCAGUGCAUGUACUUGAAUUUGCUUAUAAAUUAUUUUAAUUAAAAAACAUUGUAUCUACAUUUUUUACUCUGUCCGAAGUUUCUGCUUCCACCACUUUUUGCUUAAUAUUCCAAUAUUCAAAUGGCAUGUAAAUUACGCGCCUGUGUCCAAGCUAGUAAAACGAAAAAAAAAGAAGCCAUAUUUUGUUUUAAGGGCAGUGAAUUUCAUAGCUCCAGGUUUCAAUACAAACGAAAAAAAAUGUUUACGAGGUUUUUGCAUUCCAAGCAACAUGAAAAGUACCAGGAUGAUAAUGUUGAACACUUGUGCGAGGAGUCCCGAAAAUUUCCAAAUGGAUGUCAGAUUUUCCAAUUAUGAAUCCCCAUAAAGUUUCAGGUAUAUAUAGAGUGGACGAGUAAGAAGAAAUCUUAGAAUGUUUCGCGAAGACUAACUUUAGCAAUCAAGAUGUAGAUUAUCUAGAAAAUUAAAUGCCAGAGAUAUAUUUGAAGACGCUAAAUACGAUUGGACGUGAUCAAAUCAAAUAUAUUGUCCAAAUGCCAUCUGAAAUUCAGAUAAGCCAUAUUUUACUGAAGCUACAAAUAUCAUAUUCUGUAUUCAAUAUUAUUCUUUAUUGAAAAUACAAACCCAAAGUUAUUACUCAUUCUCUUAUCCAGCUUUGUUCCGACGUCAAGAACCUAUUAUGACGUCAUCGGAAAAAUCGCGCAAAAUUACGUUAAAAUUCAAACUACGUCGCUACGUCAAAA